GUCGAGAUUUCACUGAGAGAUUGUCUUAAUCGUAGGAUCCGAGUUGCCAGCAGUGCCCAGCCACGAACUAUCUCGCUUCGAACACGAGAUUUAAAGACGGAUAAAGACGAAGCCAUGGGAGUGCGAAAGAAACAGAGACAAAGACAUCGAAAUUCUAAGGGUGGAUUAUCGGCUUUGUUUGUCCGGAAGGCCGCCAUCGAGUAUCGAUAUUUGCAAUUUCGCGAACCUAGGCUUCGACCUCAUGCAAAAAUCAAUGAACCAAUAACCGAGAGAACCAUCGGUCGAACCUUCAACGAAGAAAUGUUAUUUCUCGAGCGAGGAUUUCCCGGCUCAAAAUUAAUACGCAAUCUAUACGAAGAUAAUGUUGCAAAGCUUAGAAGAUUGCGAGGUUCGUUGAGUAGAAAUAGUCGAAUCGAACCAAGGAAUUUUUGAACGAUCCGUAUCUCGUAACUCCAACAAACAGAGAUUAUACAUUAAAUAAUGCGAAUAUGUGUUUAAUCGUGUAAGCGAACUUCUUCUUCAAAUGGAUUUCACUCAAUGGAUUAUUAUCGUGUAAAUAAAUAUUGAA